AUGGAAGUGGGCGUGUCCCUCGCUGUGGCCACGCCCCCGGGCGGGGUCGGUGGCGGCCGCAAUGGCGUCGCUGUUCGGUGGCGUGGAGGGCGGGGGCCACCCACUCCAGGGUGGUGCUGGUGUCCGGAGAUGGCCAAAUCCUGGCCGAGACCGAGGGACCCUGCACCAACCACUGGCUCAUCGGCUCCGAGCAGUGCCUGGAGAGGAUCGAGCGCAUGGUCAGCGAGGCCAAGAGCAAAGCGGGGCGCCGACCCGCGGUCCCGCUGCGCUCGCUGGGGCUGUCGCUGAGCGGCGGCGACCAGCGGGACGCCAUCGGGAAGCUGACGGAGGAGCUGCACCGGCGCUUCCCGCACCUCAGCCGGAGCUACUUCAUCACCACCGACGCCAUGGGCGCCAUGGCCACGGCCACGGACCACGGUGGCAUCGUGCUGAUCGCCGGCACCGGCUCCAACUGCAAACUCAUCAACCCCGACGGCUCCGAGACGGGCUGCGGGGGCUGGGGCCACAUGAUGGGCGACGAAGGCUCCGCGUACUGGAUCGCCCACCAGGCCGUGAAGAUGGUGUUUGACUGCAUGGACAACCUGGAGGUGCCGCCCCACGACGUCGGCUACGUCCGGCAGGCCAUGUUCGACUACUUCCAGAUCUCGGACAGGAUGGGGCUCCUGACCCACCUCUACUCCACCUUCGAGAAGUCCAAAUUCGCGGGAUUUUGCCAGAAACUGGCGGAGGGUGCCCAGCUCGGGGACCCGCUGUGCUGCCACAUCUUCACCAAGGCGGGCGAGGUCCUGGCUCGCCACGUGGUCGCCGUGCUGCCCAAAAUCGACCAGAGGCUGUUCCUGGGCGAGCUGGGGCUGCCCAUCGUGUGCGUGGGCUCGGUGUGGAACAGCUGGGAGCGGAUGAAGGCGGGGUUCAUCCAGGUGCUGGCGCAGGCGCGGGACGAGGCUCCGGGCGGCGUUUUCUCGGGGUUCAGCCUCCUGAAGCUGAAGCGCUCGUCGGCGCUGGGCGCGGCGCGGCUCGGAGCGGGCCGGGCGGGGCUGGCGCUGCCGCUGGAGCGCGCCGGGGAGCGCCGAGGUGUUCUACACACACCGGUUCUGAGCACCGGAGAGAGAGCCGGGAACGGGCGGGCAGUGCCAAAAGCGCCCAGGAAAUCCCGGCCAUGGCUGGAAAACCCCGGGAGCUUUUCCAGAAGGGGAAAUGUGGGAUGCGGCUCCAAAGCCACCGGGAUCACCGGGAAUCACCGGGAAUCACUGGGAUCACCGGGAAUCACCGGGAUCAUCAGGAAUCACCGGGAAGGGGCGGGGCGACCAAAGCUUCUCCUGGAGACGCCGCAGUUUUCCAAGGAAAACUCUGGCUCCGCCCCCUUCCCAAAAAAAACCCCAAAAAAUCCCCAAGGAUCGAGUUGAUUUGGGA